CACUCCACGUCAACGCGUCAAACAACUCUCAACCUCCAAAAUGGGGUGGACAUUGGUUGACCAAGCGGAUCCCAACGCCGAGGCCGGUCGGCUCCGUCUACGAGACAAUCACACAACAUAUCUGUCCCUAGCAAGUUCGGAUGGUCGAGUCGUUCUGAGUGAUGUUUUGCAACGUCGGAAUCGUGCAUUGGCAGCCCUCUCUGUCGGAGGUUGGGGUGUGAAACUCCGUGCUCUUCAAGAUCUUGCCAUUCACCCUGCUCAUCCUCGGACCAACCCACUUGCCGUCCCAAGUCAGGAACAAUAUCAUGUCGAGAGCAACUCGGAUCAACCAGAAGUCAUCUUCCUGAGACCCGACGACAAGAUCUCAUUUCCGGACCUAGCCAACCCAAUCACCCUCGUUCUGAAAUAUGACACCUCGGAAGUCCAAGUCGACUCCUCCGUUGCUGGAGACGCAGAGGUUGCCGAGUCAAAAGACACCAACGAUGCAUCUAAUGGUCGUACACUCAAGCAAAGUGAGCAGGAAGAAGAAGAAAGUACGGACACUGAUGAUGAGGAUCUGGAUGGCACCGACAGGCGUAGAACCAGAAGUACCCCUAAUCCCUCGCUGUCACGGUCAGAAAUUGUGCAAGAGACUCCGACAGCUAACCGAAUAUAUCCAGUGAGCGAGUUUUCUGCCGGUCGGGGAGAACUACGGAGAGACGAUACCGUCGCUGAGACUGUUCCUGAGACUGUCGCUGAAGAGUCUCCUGAGAUGGACGAGGGAGCAGAACCUAAUGCUGCACUGGAACUGGAGCAAAACGGAGCGGCAACACCGAACGAUGAAGUCGAAUCUCGCAAAGAGAUUGACGCAGAAGCAGAUACUGUAGCGACUGGUGCUCCAUCGACUGUUCAGAAUACCGCAUCCUCCGCCCACAACCCCACCCCAUCCCCUCCAGAAAACGAAGACGAAGACCACACCAUCCUACAAGCCCAGUCCAACCUAACUGCCCAGAGAAGCCCCUUUGUCCGCAUCACCAAAACCUACGGCCGUCAAAAACGCAAAAUCCAACUCGUGGAUCCCCAGGACGAGGAAGAAGAGGAAAAAGAAGAAGAAGAAGAAGCAUUCGAAUCCGCUCCCGCUCCCCCCGCGAAACGAGCAAGGAAAUCCACCAACGCCAACGAAAAGAACCAACCCACCACACCAACUCGUCGCACCUCCACCCCCGCAAAACGCAAACCCCGCUCCUCAGACACCCGCAGCCUCAUGCCGUCCGCCGAAACAAACGUCAAGAACUACUGGAGCACCCGCACCCCCAAGGUCGCCUUCAGCAACUCCAAAGCCGCCGAAAUGAAAAACCUCAUCCGCUUCCUCAAAUCGCACCACGGCACCGUCGUCGACACCGUCCAAAACGACAACUCGUGCAACCUCCUCGUCGUGCGCGACGGCUCGCUCCGCAAAUCCACAAAGUUGCUCACGGCGCUCGCUUUGGGGAUUCCCGUCGUCACGGAUGAGUGGCUCCCUGCGUCGGCGCGCGCGGGCACGUUCCUCCCGCCAGCGGAUUUCGUCCCGAGUGUCGUGGAGCAGGAGAUACAGGUGGGUUUUGUGCUGAGGAAGGUUUGGGGCGUGCCGCAGUCGCGUGUUUUGCAGGGGUUGAAGUUGUUUUUUACGCCUGCGCUGAGGAGGUUUUAUCCCGAGUGGGCCGAGGUCGAGGAGGUGUGUCGUGUUGCUGGCGCUGAGGCUGUGGGCGCUAUCAAGUCGGCGAAUAGCGCCUUGAAGGAGUUUGGAGAUGAGGGGCCGGGUGAGGAUGUGGUGUUUUUGGGUCUUGAGGAGGGGGAUCCGGAUGCGAGGGGGUUGGUUGAGAAGGGGUUUAGAGUGUUUAAUCGAGAGUUUUUCACUACGGGGAUUUUGAGGGGCGAGGUCGAUGUGCGGAGUGAGGAGUUUCGCAUCAAGGAGGUUGGGGGGUCGCAGAUGGAGAAGGGGAGGUCGAAGGGGAGGAAGAGCAGGAAGGCUUGAUUGAUCUGGAUGGUUGGAUGUUGGUGUUCCGGACAUGAGGGGAUUGGCGACGAGGUUCGUAUGCGUGGGAUUUCUUUCCGGUACCGGGAGUUUCUCUGGGAUGCGGUUCACCUCUGCUUUAUGAUUCAACUGCAUCGUGGUCAUGAUUUCUCUCUCACAGCAUCAUUUGGGGUGGGUUCAUGGCCAGCGAGACGCUUAGCGUGGACGAUGGCAGUUCUAUUAUGAGUCCGAGUAUGGUCUAUAAUGACGGCAUGAGAGCAUAUCGGUUAUGGCAGGCAUUCGGGAGACUACCUAUGGGAUAUUUAGAUAGGUAUAUGUGUAAUGUCGCAUGUUUAUCACGACGAAAUAUAAUGGAACCAAU